AAAAUAAUGUCAAAGUUGAAAUUUCAGGGACCAUGCACCAUCAUCUUUUCCUAAUGUUGGCGACAGCGUGUCUUGCACGUGCAGACGAUCACGGGGGUGUCACGUGGAGUCCAAAGGCCAAUGAAGUCAUUGACUUGACGCACCAUUUACAUCCAGAUACUCCCGUGUUUCCCGGAGCUCAGGGAUUCAACUACACCCGUAUCCGCAGAGGACCGUGGGUGUACGGAGCAGGAUGGCUAGAAGACAAUGAUAUUUGUGGAUCGGACUUAAUGGGCACCAGUCUUCUUGCGCCUGCGCGAUGGGCGCAAAACAGAUGGUACAUCAACGAGAUUCCACCGCACAGGUUCUUUGGUCCUGUGGUGAAAGUGGACGUUUCAAUGAAAGUCGAGAAUAACAGCAACUACAACUUAAUGCUGAGCGACCUAAAGAGCUGGGAAAGCCAACAUGGCCGAAUACCCGACAACGCUAUCAUACUCGUUCAAACGGGAUGGUCCAAGCAUUAUGGAAACAAAACUGCUUACUUUGGAACUGAUGCUGCCUCGUUCUUGAUAAACGGAGAACCAACGACCAAUCACCCCGGGAUAUCCGAUGAAGCUGCUAUGUGGCUUGCAGAGAACACAACAGUGUAUGGGGUGGGCAUUGACUCCCCUGGUAUUGGCCCCAGCUCCUCAUACACCGCAAGCACUUCACUGCACAAAAGAAACAUCUACACUAUUGUUGGUGCGGUAAAUCUACAUAAGGUCCCGGCGAAAGGGUAUUCCUUGGCUGCCUUGCCUAUGAACGUAGAGAAUGGUACUGCGUCCCUUGUGCGUUUGUUGGCAUUUAGGACCGCUAAAUUAAGUCCUAAACCUGAGGACACUGUGGAUUUGACGUAUGCGUUGAACAAUGACACCGUGAUGUGGGUUGGUAGAGAACCCUUUCAGUUGUUUAGCGUCUAUAAAGGGCCCCUGAUAAUCGGGAAUAAUAAUUUGUGGUUUGAAAAAAACGCUUUCUGUGGUCCGGAACACAUGGGAACCCACCUUGACGCUCCGGCACACUUUAUCAAAGACUCUUGGAGAAUCCAUCAAAUCCCCCCUCACGGCCUCAUUGGCCCCGCUGUGAGAAUAGACAUCGACCAAAAGGCUGUAAACGACCCGGACGCAGUUCUCACCGUCGAAGAGAUCAAGGCGUGGGAAAGAGAAAACGGGCGUAUACCGGAAAAUGCCAUUGUUUUCCUAUAUACCGGAUGGGGGGAAUAUGUUAACAAUUACACGGCAUAUCUUGGAACCGAUAACCAUGAGAAUUUUCAUUGA